UGAAGAUGUCUGCAAACGAGGUUUCACAGUCAUCAUUGAUAUGAGAGGGUCUAAGUGGGACCUGAUCAAACCUCUCUUGAAGACUCUUCAGGAGGCCUUUCCUGCAGAAAUUCAUGUUGCCCUGAUAAUCAAACCUGAUAACUUUUGGCAGAAGCAGAAGACAAAUUUUGGAAGUUCAAAAUUUAUCUUUGAGACAAGCAUGGUCUCUGUUGAAGGAUUAGCAAAACUGGUUGAUCCCUCCCAACUAACAGAAGAGUUUGAAGGAUCUUUGGAUUACAAUCAUGAUGAAUGGAUAGAGUUGAGAGUUUCCUUGGAAGAAUUUUUCAAUAGUGCCAUCCAUUUAUUAUCCAGACUAGAGGACCUUCAGGAAAUGCUGGCUAGGAAGGAAUUUCCAGUGGAUGUGGAGGGUUCAAGAAGAUUAAUAGAUGAACACACACAGCUCAAGAAGAAAGUAAUUAAAGCUCCGGUGGAAGAAUUGGACCGUGAAGGUCAACGACUAUUACAAUGCAUAAGAUGCAGUGAUGGUUUCUCUGGUAGGAACUGCAUUCCUGGCAGUGCAGAUUUCCAAAGUCUUGUGCCAAAGAUUACCAGUCUUUUAGAUAAGCUGCAUUCAACCCGACAGCACUUGCAUCAGAUGUGGCAUGUUCGUAAACUGAAACUAGAUCAGUGCUUUCAGCUUCGACUUUUUGAACAAGAUGCAGAAAAGAUGUUUGACUGGAUCAGCCAUAACAAAGAAUUGUUCCUGCAGAGUCACACUGAAAUUGGAGUGAGCUACCAACAUGCCCUUGAUUUGCAGACACAACAUAACCACUUUGCUAUGAAUUCCAUGAAUGCCUAUGUGAACAUAAAUCGCAUCAUGUCAGUUGCAUCCAGGCUUUCGGAAGCUGGCCAUUAUGCAUCUCAACAAAUUAAACAGAUCUCCACCCAGCUAGAUCAAGAGUGGAAGAGUUUUGCUGCGGCACUGGAUGAGCGUAGCACUAUACUAGCCAUGUCUGCUGUGUUUCACCAGAAGGCUGAACAGUUUCUGUCUGGUGUAGAUGCCUGGUGCAAAAUGUGCAGUGAAGGAGGUCUCCCAUCAGAAAUGCAAAACCUGGAAUUGGCCAUCCAUCAUCAUCAGUCACUUUAUGAACAGGUCACUCAGGCUUACACUGAGGUAAGCCAGGAUGGAAAGGCUUUGCUGGAUGUCCUGCAACGUCCCUUGAGUCCUGGUAACUCAGAAUCCCUCACCGCUACAGCAAAUUAUUCCAAGGCUGUUCACCAAGUUUUGGAUGUGGUCCAUGAAGUCUUACAUCACCAGCGGCGCUUGGAGAGCAUCUGGCAACACAGGAAGGUUCGGUUACAUCAGCGGCUUCAACUUUGUGUUUUCCAGCAAGAUGUUCAGCAGGUCCUGGACUGGAUUGAAAACCAUGGAGAGGCCUUUCUUAGUAAACACACUGGAGUGGGGAAGUCUCUUCACAGAGCACGAGCUCUUCAAAAAAGGCAUGAUGAUUUUGAAGAAGUAGCACAGAAUACCUAUACUAAUGCAGACAAGCUACUGGAAGCUGCAGAGCAACUGGCUCAGACUGGGGAGUGUGAUCCUGAAGAGAUCUACAAAGCAGCACGGCAUCUGGAAGUGCGGAUUCAGGACUUUGUUAGAAGAGUAGAGCAGAGGAAGCUUCUUUUGGACAUGUCUGUCUCCUUCCACACUCAUACCAAAGAGCUGUGGACAUGGAUGGAAGACCUGCAGAAGGAGCUCUUGGAAGAUGUCUGUGCUGACUCUGUGGAUGCUGUUCAGGAACUCAUAAAGCAGUUCCAGCAGCAGCAAACAGCUACUCUCGAUGCUACUCUUAAUGUCAUCAAAGAAGGUGAAGAUCUAAUCCAGCAGCUCAGGUGAGUUCCAUGGGCACAGCAGGACACAUCUUAGAAUUCCAUAGAUUCAGCUGUCUCUAACAAUAAAACACCACAUAAUAGUUCCAUCAGCCACAUUGAAUCUGUCCUCCAACAGCUUGAUGAAGCUCAGGUACAGAUGGAAGAGCUCUUCCAUGAGAGAAAAAUUAAGCUGGAUAUCUUUCUUCAGCUCCGGAUUUUUGAACAGUACACCAUUGAGGUGACAGCUGAAUUAGAUGCCUGGAAUGAGGAUUUGCUACGCCAAAUGAAUGAUUUCAACACCGAGGAUCUAACUUUGGCUGAACAACGUCUGCAGCGGCAUACAGAGAGGAAGCUGGCUAUGAACAAUAUGACCUUUGAGGUCAUUCAGCAAGGACAAGAUUUGCACCAGUACAUCAUGGAAGUGCAAGCUUCAGGCAUUGAACUGAUCUGUGAAAAGGACAUCGAUCUAGCAAUCCAAGUGCAAGAGCUGCUGGAAUUUCUUCAUGAGAAACAGCACGAGUUGGAGCUCAACGCUGAUCAGACGCACAAGCGGCUAGAGCAGUGCCUUCAGCUUCGGCACCUGCAGGCAGAGGUUAAGCAGGUCCUUGGCUGGAUCCGUAAUGGAGAAUCAAUGCUCAAUGCCAGUCUUGUCAAUGCAAGUUCCUUGUCAGAAGCUGAGCAGCUCCAGAGAGAGCAUGAGCAGUUUCAGCUGGCCAUAGAGAAGACACACCAGAGUGCCCUCCAAGUGCAGCAGAAGGCAGAGGUCUUACUGCAGGCUGGGCACUAUGAUGCCGACGCCAUCCGGGAAUGUGCAGAAAAGGUGGCCUUGCACUGGCAGCAACUCAUGCUAAAGAUGGAGGACCGGCUGAAACUGGUUAAUGCCUCUGUUGCUUUCUAUAAAACGUCAGAGCAGGUUUGCAGUGUGCUGGAGAGUUUGGAGCAGGAAUAUCGAAGAGAUGAAGACUGGUGUGGAGGUCGGGAUAAGCUGGGGCCAGCAUCUGAAAUAGAUCAUGUUAUCCCCUUAAUCAGCAAACAUCUGGAACAGAAGGAAGCCUUUCUCAAGGCCUGCACACUAGCACGAAGGAAUGCAGAAGUGUUUCUCAAGUACAUUCAUCGAAACAACGUCAGCAUGCCAGGAGUAGUGAGCCAUACCAGGGGACCUGAACAGCAAGUGAAAGCCAUUCUGAGUGAGCUGCUGCAAAGGGAAAAUCGUGUUCUUCACUUCUGGACUUUGAAGAAAAGGCGACUGGAUCAGUGCCAGCAGUAUGUAGUCUUUGAGCGCAGUGCAAAGCAGGCCUUGGAUUGGAUUCAGGAAACAGGAGAAUAUUAUCUCUCUACUCACAACUCCACUGGAGAAUCAGCAGAUGAAACACAGGAACUUUUGAAAGAAUAUGGAGAAUUCAAAGUACCUGCCAAGCAAACCAAGGAGAAAGUGAAGCUUCUCAUUCAGCUGGCUGAUAGUUUUGUAGAGAAAGGACAUACACAUGCCACCGAAAUUAGGAAGUGGGUUACCACUGUUGACAAGUGCUAUCGGGAUUUUUCACUGAGAAUGGGAAAGUACCGCUACACUUUGGAAAAAGCUCUUGGGAUCAAUACAGAGGAUAAUAAAGACCUGGAGUUGGACAUCAUUCCAGCAAGUCUGUCGGAUCGUGAAGUGAGGCUACGUGAUGCCAGUCAUGAAGCCAAUGAAGAAAAGAGAAAGUCAGCCAGAAAAAAAGAGUUCAUCAUGGCUGAAUUGCUUCAGACCGAGAAGGCCUAUGUCAGGGACUUGCAUGAAUGUUUAGAGACCUACCUUUGGGAAAUGACAAGUGGAGUAGAGGAGAUACCUCCGGGGAUUCUGAACAAGGAGCACAUAAUAUUUGGGAACAUCCAGGAGAUAUAUGACUUUCAUAAUAAUAUUUUUCUAAAAGAACUGGAAAAAUACGAACAACUCCCUGAAGAUGUUGGUCACUGUUUUGUCACCUGGGCGGAUAAGUUUCAGAUGUAUGUUACCUACUGUAAAAACAAACCUGACUCCAGCCAAUUGAUCCUAGAGCAUGCAGGAACAUUCUUUGAA